AAUACGUGUAUAGUAGCCAUAGGUGAAGCAACCGCCACUGAAGCCACCGGAUGGCUGGCAAUGGUUGAGGUGACGGCGACAAGCUGUGGGUGUGCCUUCUACGAUGGGGCCACCUGGCGCGAGGAGGGCGAGGACGGCGUGAGCCGCGCUCCGGCGGAGCCAGAGCCUGGCUGGGACUUCUUCCAGCUUCGCGGGUUCCAAGGGCCCUCACUGCAGCUGCGCCGGGCAGCGGCCAUCCGCUUGGUGCGCGUCUACAGCCACUGGCCAAGCAGCGAUCCGUUGGCCACGGCACUACAUCCUGCAGGUGUGAAGGAGCUUCAGCUGGAGCUGCCAGCGCCGGUCCGGGAGCUGCCCAGCUUGAUUGUGGCAGUCUGCCCGUCCGAGCUCGCGCUGCGGGGAGACCGCGCAGACCGGUCGCAACCGCGGGUGAGCUCCCGGAAGUUCACCGCGGCGGCGGCCGCCGUGGCCGCGGCGGAGUCCGAGGCGGAGGCUGCCGAGCUGGAGGCGCGCGCGGGAGCUCUCUUCGGGCUCCGCAAGACUUGCGCCUCGCCCAGCUCCAGCGCUCCGACCAGGUCCACCGCUUCCAACACGCCUCGCCUCGAGGGUUUGGAUGCCGCUGGGGUCUUGACGCGGCUCUACGAGGAGGAGGUGCUGGCGGCUUUCCGCGCCGGGACGGGCCCAGGCCAAGAGGAGCUGGAGGAGGUGACGGGCGUCCGGGAGAAGAAUGAUGAGAUCGCCAGCGUGAAGAGGGAGCUGGAGCUGGAAAGGGCUGCUCGGGAAGUUGCUGAAGCUGCCUCAGGGCAGGCCGCGGCUGAGAUCGCGCGACUCCAAGAGCAGUGCGGCGCCCUGCAGCAGAAGCUCCGAGCCUCUGAGCGCAGCCGCAUGGCCGCGGAGAUGCAGAUCCGACAGCUCAGCGCCGACCUGGACAAGGCGGCCUAUGCUGCGCCGCAAAAGGCUGCGCCGAAGAGUCUGGACGAGGUUGUGUCAGGCCUGGUGGCACUGGAGGCCCGAGAUUUGCGCGGCGUGGAGAGCGCCGAGAAGGCGCUGCUGAAGCGGAAGCUGCUGCUGCGAUGGCAUCCGGACAAGAACUCAGCCGGGAAUGGCGGCGCCAGCGAAUUAGCCAAGCGCAUCACGCAGGAAUUGCAGGCGCAUCCAGAAUGGAAUUGAUUGCAACGAAUCUGCACGGACCUGAAAUGUGGGUCCAGGUGCUGCUAAUGAUAACCAACGAGAUCGCAAAUGAAUUGACUGAAAACAAAAU